UGACUGCAGUGAGUGGCAGGGAAGUGGUGCAAAAGUGAACUAUAAUAAAUUAAGUAAUUACACAUCUUAAAACUUAGCUUAUUUCAACUUUAAAUUACUGUCUUGUUUAGGAAGUGUUGUACACAGAGUUAGGUGGAUAUAUUUUGAGUUUGCGAGAGAUGAAAUAAGGUUUACUGUAAUGCCUGAAGUCAAAUAUGCUGGUGGCUAGAAGAGGAACAUCCUACUUAUCUGUCAUUAACAAAUAGAAUAGUUUUUGGCAGUCAUGGUGGAAGAUUCAAAGUUGAAAAGUCUAUCACGUAUGCCGAAGACGCGUGGUCCCUACAUUUCAGUCAUAACAAAUCACAAAAUUAAUUUGACAAUACGAGGAGUGGUACUGUUUUCAAUUGGGGUUUUCCUAGCUUUAGUGUUAAACUUGCUACAAGUUCAACGAAAUGUUACUCUCUUUCCUCCAGAUGUAAUAGCCAGCAUCUUCUCCUCUGCAUGGUGGGUUCCACCAUGCAUUGGCACGGCUUCAGCUGUAAUUGGAUUGAUGUACCCAUGUAUUGACCGUCACCUUGGAGAGCCUCACAAAUUUAAACGAGAGUGGUCCAGCGUCAUGCGAUGUGUGGCAGUCUUUGUGGGGAUUAACCACGCAAGUGCUAAAGUAGAUUUUGCAAACAACAUGCAGUUGUCUCUUACACUUGCAGCACUUUCUAUAGGAUUGUGGUGGACAUUUGACAGAUCUCGAAGUGGAUUUGGUCUCGGAUUAUUCAUUGCUUUCUUUGCAACCUUGGUGACCCAGCUGUUGGUAUAUAAAGGUGUUUUUCAGUAUACCUCCCCUGACUUCCUUUAUGUACGUUCUUGGUUACCUUGUAUAUUUUUUGCUGGAGGAAUUACCAUGGGAAAUAUAGGCCGGCAACUAGCAAUGUAUGAAUGCAAGGUUGUUCAAGAAAAGGCACAUCAAGACUGAAGCCAGAAGUUUUGCUGGGUGAUUUAUUAUUUUUAUUUUUUAGAAGAGACAAAUGGUUGUACAUUGAUCGAAUAACAUGCCAAAAGCGAAAGUAUGUAGAAUUGUAAGUGAGGUUUGUAAGUUUGAAUAUAAAAUUGCAGCUAAUGUGAUUUUAGUUUUUUAUUGUAUGUAUUACUUUACAGUGCAAUCUGUGAUUGCUAUUUUGUAUCAUUAUAGGUAGUCUGGUGAUAGGACAUCAGUAUGAAAUAAAACUUUUCACAUUAAGAAUUGAUGCCUAUUGAAAGAGCCUAAAAUACAGACUUUAGCUUUUAGACCUUUGGCUGUGUUGUGCCAAACUGACGUUUGGGUGAAUUCAGUUAAUCUAAACGUUGGCAGAAAUACUCCUGCUAUUUAGGCCUGAAUUACACUGUUUAGAUGUAUUUAGGACCUCUGCUGUUUUUAAGGUCAGUUGAAUAGAUUCCAAUGUGUUUUACUGGGGGAUUUCUGUAGUAGGUGUUUUUUUUUUUUUAAUAUAUAUAACAGACUGGAAGUAUCUACUUCUGAUUUAUUAAUUUUUUUCUGCUCUAAACAUACACAUCUCUGCUAAUGCUGUACCUUGUGUGUAUCUGACACUGGUUCCAAUAUUAGGUAGUUUGAUCCCUGGAGGAUCAGGAUACAUUUGGUUUAAUCAAUAUCUGGCAGAAGUAUGUUUUUUUGACAAAUUACUGCAAUUUUGUGAUUUGGGUGGGGAGAGCCAUCUGUUGUAACUAAACAUAUUUAAAGUGUUCAAAACAUGAAGCCCUUAUUAAACAAUGACUUU